AUGCUGAAGUACAGAAUCAAAACAUAAAAAAUGGUUUCGAGAAACCUGUGCGAGUUUUUCCGCCUGAGACAAAUUUGCCAAUAUCAAACCAUUUCAGCGUCCGCCCUCUACCGUACAAACCGUGGCCAGUACCAUUAUUCCAGUCCACGCUUCAUUAAAGUUUGGGACGACCCCCGUAAAUGGGCCCGAUCGUACUGCACCACCACCAAAUUCUUACAGGGCCGGCAAAUUAGGUUCCUUUCGACAGUUUCCGGCAAAGGUCCUGGCGAACAACAGCAAAGUGCUGCAGCGCCACAAUUGCUUUCGAAACUAUUUCCACAAACCGCAGUGGAAGGAACCGAAAAUGAAGUGCAGCAAGAAAAGCAACGCAAAGAGGAGGACGAAGAGAAGGAAUCGUCCUGGAAGCGGAUGAAGUUAGGAUUCGUCUUCUUUGGCUUUUCCGUAUCCGCUUUCUGUGUGUACAUGGUUUGGGUGUUUGGCGCACCGGAUCGGGACGCGGAAGGUAACAUAAUAAUGGACGAAUUCAUGGAAUUGCCCACGUUUCAGCAAUACUUCCGACGAAUGUGGAAAUCGAUGACAUACUACCAAAAAAUGAUUCAAGAACCAUCACGCGAAAAGCUGUUGCCGGACCCGCUCAAGUAUCCCUACGUACAGCCACCUUACACGCUGGUGCUAGAGAUGAAAGAUGUGCUGGUACACCCGGACUGGACAUACCAAACCGGGUGGCGUUUCAAGAAGCGUCCCGGCGUUGAUAAGUUUCUGGAAACUUUGGCCGCAAACUAUGAGAUUGUAGUAUUCACUGCCGAUCAGGGAAUGACCGUAUUCCCCAUCCUGGAUGCACUUGACCCGCGGGGCUAUAUCAUGUAUCGUUUGGUGCGCGAUGCAACACACUUUGUCGAUGGACAUCAUGUAAAAAAUUUGGACAACCUAAACCGCGAUCUUAGCAAAGUCGUUGUAAUCGAUUGGGAUCCAAACUCGACAAAGUUGCACCCGGAAAAUACGCUCAACAUACCGCGCUGGACUGGCAAUGAUGAUGAUUCGGGAUUGUUCGAUCUAAUGGCACUGUUGGUUACGAUCGCCACUAGUGAGGUGGAAGAUGUGCGCGAUGUGAUGACGUACUAUAAAUCUUUCGAAAAUCCUCUUGUAAAGUUCCGUGAAAAUCAGCGUCUACUCGCAGAACAGAUGGCCGAACGAGAGCAUGAGGACAAACAGCGCAAUCUGCCGGCAGUGCAGCGAUGGAGACCCAGCUUUCUAGGCGGUGGACGCUAA